ACCAGCGAGCCAGCGGGAGCCCCGCCGGGCGUGAGAAAUGGCUCCUCAAAGCCAGAUCGCUCUGCUUGGCUCCUUGUUCUGUAGCGUAGCGUUCCUCUGGUGCGGAGCAGAAGGACAGAGUGGUGCUGAGCCAGAAGUGACUCUGGCACUGGGACGGCUCAAAGGGAAACAAACAGAUGUAAAGGGGACAGACAAACUCGUAAAUGCAUUCCUUGGAAUUCCUUUUGCAAAAGCCCCUGUUGGAUCCUUGAGGUUUUCCCCACCUGAACCACCUGAACCCUGGAAUGAUGUGAGAGAUGCAACCUCUUACCCACCCCUAUGUCCUCAAGAUCUGUCCAUGUUGAAAACAGCUGAAAGAAACUACAAAGAAAAACACAUUCCUUUCCGAACUUCUGAGGACUGUUUGUAUCUCAAUGUUUACAGCCCUGCUGGUUCCAGCAAGAAGGACAAGUUACCUGUAAUGGUGUGGAUCCAUGGAGGCAACUUUAUAUUUGGUGGUGCUUCUAGGUAUGAUGGUUCAGCACUGUCAGCCUACGAGAAUGUUGUGGUAGUAAUAAUUCAGUACAGACUUGGACUCCUUGGAUACUUCAAUACUGGUGAUGAACAUGCUCGUGGGAACUGGGCUUAUUUGGAUCAAGUAGCAGCUCUUCAGUGGAUCCAAGGCAAUAUUGAACACUUUGGUGGAGAUCCAGGAUCUGUCACACUCUUUGGUGUAUCUGCAGGAUCUUGCUCUGUUUUUGCACAUGUUUUAUCUCCUUUGUCUAAGGGUCUCUUUCAUAAAGCAAUAUCAGAGAGUGGAAUUCUACUUCCCCCCAGUAGAGAUUUACUUCUUUCAAUACAUCCUAAGAAAAUUGCAAGUAUCUUUAAGUGUGACACGAGCAGUUCCCUCUCCCUGAUAAACUGCUUAAGGAAGCAGGAAGCAGACCAUAUAAUCUUCAACACCACGAAUGUACCAUUUCUGCCCAUACUUGUGGAUGGAGUAUUUCUUCCCAAGUCACCUGAAGAGAUACUGGCUGGAAAAGAAUUUAAUGCAGUUCCAUUUAUGACAGGAGUCGCCAACAAUGAAUUUGGCUGGAAUAUCAGAUCUGAAUCAAAAAUACCAGGUUUGAGGGAAACAGGAGAUAAAAAAUCAAUUGCUUCAACUUUAGAGUUUUUUCUACCAAUGGUAGAUUUACCAUCAGAUUUUCUGCCCAGGAUAGUGGAUGAAUAUGUGGGAGACACAGAGGAUCCUGCUGAGCUACAGGCCCGGUUUCUGGACUUGCUGGGGGAUAUGGCAUUUGUCAUGCCAGCCAUUAAAGCCCUGAAUUAUCACAGGGAGUCUGGAGCCCCUACCUACUUCUUUGAGUUUCAGCACCGCCCCAGUUCACACUGGGACAGCAAACCAGAGUAUGUGAAGGCUGACCAUGGGGAUGAAGUUGGCUUUGUCUUUGGAGGGCCCUUUCUGGCAGGAGAAAUUCAGCUGUGCAGUGAAGUUACAGAGGAAGAAAAGAACCUCAGUAGAACUCUGAUGAAGUACUGGGCUAACUUUGCUCGAAAUGGAAAUCCUAAUGGAGAGGGUUUGGUUGAAUGGCCAUCUUACAACCUAAAUGAAGAAUACUUGCAGAUAAAUCUAAAACAAAAGAAAGCCAGGAAGUUGAAAGAAGAGAAGGUGAAUUUCUGGAAAAAGCUGACGCUGGAAAAGGCAAAUAACCAAAGAAUGGAAAACAAGAAGGUUAAUUCAGAGUUAUUGUCAUACUUGAAAUUAUUUGUUGUAAUAACCCCAGUUGAUCCCUCACAUGUUAAAUACAGCUACCACAUUUCCCCAGUGCUCAGGUUAAGAGGGCUUCCUAUUCCCUCCCUGCACAGCUGGGACAUGCAAGGCUCCAGCCAUCCUUGUGCAGGAGUUUCUGCUCCCACACUGGGCUCUUGGGUUUGGUGGCUCAUACAGUCAGAUAUAGGAAAUGUGUCCCAAAGUGUUUGUUUUUAUUGCUUACAGAAAAUUGCUGAUGCCUCUGGCUGUGAAAAAUCCACUUCAGCUGCAAUAGUUGAGUGCUUGAGAGAAAAAACAGAAGAAGAGAUAAUACAGCUAACACUAAAAAUGGACAUGACAACACUGCGGCUGUGCAGCACCUCCCCUGAGAACUGCAAACAGGAUUUCUUUUUCAUCAGUACAUGUGUAGAUGGUGUAUUUUUUCCAAAGAGUCCCAGGCAAUUACUAUCUGAAAAAUCAAUCAAUGCAGUCCCAUAUAUGAUAGGAGUAAAUAACGGUGAAUUUACAUGGGCACUUCCUAUGAUGAUGAAAUUUCCUCCUUUCAUGGAUGGUCUGGAUAAAAAUGUUGCACGUGAAAUUUUACAAAUCUCCUUAGUAAUAUUACAUAAGGGUGUUACCUCUGCAGCUGUUGAUGGGCUGUACAGUGAGUACAUAGGGGAUGCAGACAGCCCUGCUCAGGUGCGAGAUGGCCUUCUGGAUGCACUGGGAGAUGUCUUCUUUGUGUUUUCAUCCCUUGAAGUGGCUAACUUCCACAGAGAUGCUGGCAACCCAGUCUACUUCUAUGAAUUCCAGCAUCGACCAAGUGAAGCAGAAGGUGUUUUACCAGACUUUGUAAAAGCAGAUCAUGCAUCCGAGAUCGCCUUUGUCUUUGGAAAGCCCUUCUUAGCUGGACGUGCUACAGAGGAAGAAAAUAAACUUAGCAGAACUGUUAUGAAAUACUGGACUAACUUUGCUAGAAAUGGAAAUCCCAACGGAGAAGGCUUGGUCCAUUGGCCUCAGUAUGGUCUGGAUGAGAAAUACCUGGAGAUAGACCUGAACCAAAAAGCAGCACAGAAAUUCAAAGAAGGCAAAAUGAAGUUUUGGACACAGCUCAUGAAACAAAUGAUGAGUGAAAGGAGAGAACACACAGACCUGUAAGAGCUGCAUAGGGUACAGUUUGCUUUCAAGACCCAAAGUAAAGUCAAACAACAUUAGUUUGUCAGGAUGCAGAGUUAUAAUCACAUUCUCACUCACUACCAUGUAAUCUGUUGUCCUGGUCACAGUGAAAGGAGAGAAAGAAGGGAAAUUUGGAAUGUUUGUUGGACCAAAAAUCACUAUUUAAUGGACCAAGCAGAAAAAAAAACCCACGAUCUUUCAGGCUCAAACAGACCACAGUAUCUACUCAGUGGACAUCAAAACUGAAUAAUGAGGAGGGAAUUGGCAAAUAAAUUGACAUCUGUAAGAAAUUAUUUAUACAGAAUAUAUCAUAACUGUCUGGCUACCUUUUAUGCUUACUCCCCUCUUCUUUCAGAAGAGCAUGGUCAGUUGUCCUUCUUACAGCCUCUUUCCACUUUCUUUAAUUGGAAAUAGCUUGUAGGGAGCAGAGCAUCCAUCAAACUACAUCUGUGAGAUUGGCUCAACAUCUCUCAACUGAGGACAGAAAAUCUCUACUUGUUUUAUUGGUUUGUGAGUUGUUAUAAAUAAAUGUUGCUUUUAAUUU